AAACAACCAUCCUAAACCAAAAACCACAAAACCACUCUCAAAACACCGUCUUUAAACUCAACCUAUCAACAACCCACCACGUAAUCAAACCUUAACUCACCACCGUUUGAUCAUAAAUCAACCCUCUAAGAUUCACAUAUUUUUAAAUGGGACCCACAAAGUGUAAGUGUAUUUGAUAAGCAAGUUGAUGUCUAUAUAUAAAUCUUAUACAUAGAUACACUCUCUCUCAUUUGUGUUCUCUCUCACAUCAUUAUCAUUUUACAAUAAUUUUGUUCUUGUGUUUCUCUCAAAAAACAUGUGUGGAGGUGCUAUCAUUUCUGAUUUCAUUGGUGUGAAACGUGACCGUGACCUAUGGUUUGAGCUUGAUCCUUCUGUUGAUCUACUUGGUCUUGGUGGUGCUGCUGCUGCUGCUGCUUUUAACACCCCCUCUUCCAAAGAGCUACCACCUCUUAGCUUUGAGAAAUUCUUCUCAUCAGACAAUAAAGUGGUCUCAUGUGACAAUGUUGAGAAGAAACAAAGCUUGGUAACUGUGGAGAAAGGUAAGAAAAGCACCGGAGGCAAAAGAGCCCGUAAGAAUGUUUACAGAGGAAUCAGGCAGAGGCCAUGGGGCAAAUGGGCUGCAGAAAUAAGGGACCCACAACAAGGUGUUCGUGUUUGGCUAGGUACUUUCUCAACAGCUGAAGAAGCAGCUAGAGCCUACGACACCGCGGCCAAGCGCAUUCGCGGCGACAAGGCUAAGCUCAAUUUCCCUGACACUCCUGCUGUUACCGCUCCUCCAGCAAAGAAGCAGUGUGUUAGCUCUGAUCAAGCCAGUUCCCAAGCUAGCUCUGAGUCAGCUGGGUCUGGGUUUGAGCUUGAUGAGGAAAUGGAAAUCAAGCAGAAAAUGUCGGACCUUGAAUGGAUCCUUGGCUUGGAUAGUGACAUUCCUCAGGCCCAAGCCCCAACCCAAGUUGAAGCUCAGCCCGAGCCGGAGCCUGUGCCUUUCACCAUGCCUGCUGAUUGGGACAGCAGCUUCAUGGACUUUUGGACUUCUGAAGACAUGGUUGAUCCCAUCCGUCACCUGUUUUAUAACUAAGAAACUAAUAAUUAUUAUUGCAAAAAUGGACCACCUUAUGGUGUUUUAUUAUUAUCGGUUUUAUGCUUAUGUUUAUGUUUAAAAUUUCGUGACUGUAUAAACUAUGUUGUUUGUGUUCUUCCUUUAUGGUGUUGUCUCUUUUGUUUCUGUCUUGGACGGUUUGGAUGUUCGAUUAUUAUUGAAAUUAUAAGCCAUAUAGGUGCGGCGUAUUAUGAUUGUGAAUAUUAUUUUGAUCAUAAAUAAAGGUAGGUAAGGUGUAUGAGACUA